ACUAUUCUGAAUGGUUGACAAAGCUUCCCUGUAGGUGGUUAAGAACUCAUUGUUUAAUGUCAGAUUUCCUGAAUACAGUAAAAUCUAGGUAUUGGAUUGCCAUGAAGUUAGACGUGGGUCUUAACCUAAACAGCCUGUGGAGCAUGGAGGUCCUAAGACAAGCAUUGGUUUCUGCGCAGGACUCUAAGGCUGUAACCAUGGAGAACUUGAGUAAUGCAAACAGCAGAUUUGCACUCGACCUGUUUAUGAGGGUUAAUGAGACCAACCCAACAGGAAACAUUUUCUUCUCUCCUGUCAGUAUUUCUGCUGCUCUGGCUAUGGUCCUUUUGGGGGCCAAAGGUAAUACAGAGGCUCAGGUGCUGAAGACACUUCAUUUUGACAAGGUUGAAGAUAUUCAUUCAAGAUUUCAGACUCUGACUAUGGAUAUUAACCACAGUGAUGCUCCCUAUCUCUUACGGCUUGCCAAUCGGCUCUUUGGAGAGAAGUCCUACAGCUUUUUGCCGGAUUUCCUGACUAAUACUCGGAAAUCAUAUGGAGCUGAUUUGGCUGCAGUUGAUUUUCUUCAGGCUUAUGAUGAAGCCCGAAAGCAAAUUAACCAGUGGGUAGAGAAGAAAACUGAAGGUAAAAUUCCUAAUCUGCUGUCUGAAGGCUCAGUUAAUAACAUGACCAGGCUUGUACUGGUGAAUGCUAUUUAUUUCAAAGGGAACUGGGCAAAGAAAUUUAAAGAAGCCAAUACUGCAGACAUGCCAUUUUGGUUAAAUAAGAAUGAAAGAAAGACAGUGAAAAUGAUGUACCAGAAAGAGAAAUUUCGUGUGGGGUACAUCUCUGAAAUUAACACCCGUAUUUUAGAGCUGCCCUAUGAUGGACAAGAACUUAGUAUGAUCAUCUUGUUACCUGAUAACAUUGAAGACAACUCUACUGGGCUGCAGAAGCUGGAAAAGCAGCUCACCUUUGAGAAGCUCCAGGAAUGGACACAUCCACAUCACCUGUAUUCCACUGAUGUUAAUGUGUAUUUGCCGAAAUUUAAGCUAGAAGAAAGCUAUGACCUUAAAUCGGAUUUAUCUGCUAUGGGCUUGUUGGAUGUAUUUGACAGCAGCAAGGCUGACUUGUCAGGAAUGUCAGAGGCAUGUGACCUCUUUCUGUCUAAAAUUGUCCACAAGGCUUUUGUGGAAGUGAAUGAGGAAGGUACAGAAGCUGCAGCUGCCACUGCUGGCAUUGCUAUGCUCUGUGUGGUUAUGGAAGAGGAUUUCAAUGCUGAUCAUCCUUUCAUUUUCUUCAUCCGCCACAACCCAACACAAAGCAUACUUUUCCUUGGCAGAUAUACUUCUCCAUAAAAGAGAAUCUAUUAUAUGCUGCCCAGUUCCUGCUGCGAUCAAUGAAAGCGUUGCUCCUAAAUAAGCUGGAUUUUGGAGUAGAAACUUACUGCUCCUGUCCAUGAGUUCUUAAUAACUUUCACUGAGAUUCUGCAGUUCCUAUUUACACAUUCCCAGUGAAAAUGAUGAGUAUUUUUUUUUUUGUGAGUCUUUCCCCUUUUCUUACAGAGCAUCUUUAAUCACUAGGAAAAUUUUAACUGUAGGCAGAGGAAAACUUUUGAAACUGGACUAGAAAUGGAAAUGCUUUUGGACAUUUAAGGCACAGUAUCACUCCAUAUGAGUUCUUGUGCAGGUUACUGUAAGUAAACACUUACUGUGUUUACUCUUCAGUAAGUGACAGCCCCCUAGAUCACCACUGACUGAUCCAGUCUGUCAUUGUCCAUGUGUGCUAGAAUGUGCUUGCAAAGCUAUUCCUUCCCUAAAGCCUUGCUCCUGACAGGUAUUUUAAUAAAAUACUUCUCUGCACCAAAAGGCAUGCUCCCCAACAGCUGAGUUUGCCUAGUUCUCUCUUGGAAUAGAAGGUCAGAUAGCAUUUGUUUAGAGACAUCUAUUAUUAGAGAAAGGAUUAAGCUAUUUAAACAGAAGUAACCCCUUCUAGUCAUGAGCUCAAAAACUUACUGCUUUUGAAUGAUAAGGAGGAUAAGACAUGAGUAGUAUCUUUAGGGGGAACGUCUUGAGAGUUUUUAAAUUUAUAGUUUGAUACUAUGAUAGUUUCUGAAAAUGUGUGAAAACUUUGCCAAGGCUCAGAAGGUGGCAGAGGUUUUAGGUGCCGUUAGAUACCUCUCUGCAAGUUCAGAAGUUUUCAACAUGGCCUAGAUUCCUUUCCACAGCCACUGUGAUCCUCCUAAAACCUUUACAGCUUCCCAGCAGGAGACGAUCUUCAGCAGCUACCUGAUGUGUCACUGCAUGCAGAAGUAUGCCACAUUUACUGAGCUUGGACUUCCACUAUCUCUCUGUACGCUAGUGGUGCCUUACACCUGGGAGCCCCUGUGACUGUGUACUGUACUUAUUUCUGUUCGUUAUUUGCCUGUCAUGUAUAUCCUGACUUUCAUUCCUAAUGCUUACUUGUACACACUGAGUUGGGCACAAUCAUUUAU